ACCGUGGCCUUAACCGUCUACGCCUGCCUGCGGUCGUCCUCCGACGUCGGCCUGCGCGGCCUCUGAGCUGGUUCCCCUCCUCAUUCUCCUCGCCGUCCCCCGCCAUUGCGUCCAGCUGUGGCCCUCACAGGGCGCGGUCGCUGGCUCUCACCUGACAGGUCCCUGGCCUCAGGACGACAGCCAGCAACAGCACGUUCCCUACAUGAGGGACAAAGCGACGCAGACCCCCAGGGCCUGGGCAGAUGAGAGGAGGAGGGGCUCUCACAAACGCUCGGCCUCCUGUGGGAGCACCGACCAACUCAAGGAGAUUGCCAAAUUGCGUCAGCAGCUUCAGCGCAGCAAACGCAGCAGCCGCCACCGGAGGGACAAGGAUCGCAAGUCGCCGUUCAAUGGCAGCCACACCAUCAUUCAGUCACAGUCGCCUAUGCCCAAGACCAUUCUUAUACCAAUCCCUAUAUCCAAAUCCUCGGCUCCUCGCUUCCGAAACAGCGUGGAGGGCCUGAACCAGGAGAUUGAACGCAUCAUCAUCCGGGACACCCCCGAGAAGGAGGAGACCAUUGUGCCGCAGGAUGUCCCCGAUGGCCACCGCGCACCCCCGCCGGUCCCCCCUCAGCGCAGCAGCAGUACCCGCAGCAUCGACACGCAGACUCCAUCGGGCGGUGGCCUGAGUGGUAACCAUAGCAACUGCAGCAGCCGCCCAGACUCCAUCUCCCCCUCCUACCUCAGCGUCCUCAACGACACGGCGGGAGGCAGCCCCUACGAGGACAAAGAGCUAAGCCCGUGCUCCCCACUUCCCAAGUACGCCGCCUCUCCCAGACCCAACAACAGCUACAUGUUCAAGAGGGAACCGCCAGAGGGCUGCGAGAAGGUCCGAGUGUCUGAGGAGACCAUGCCCAAACCCCUGGAGGAGAUCCCCCCCUUCCUGUGUCCCGACCGCAACAAGGUCAACUUCAUCCCCAACAGCGGUUCCGCCUUCUGCCUCGUCAGCAUCCUCAAGCCCCUGCUUCCCGCCCCGGACCGCAACUUUCGCCCGGGGGUGGGCCUCCGCAGCCUGUCCCCGUCCCUGGUGCCUCUGUCCACCCAGCCCUGUCUCCUGGAGGAGCCUGAGAGCUUCUGACUGGCCCCUUGGCCUCGACCUCAACCCCCCCUCCAUUGGUUAAAUCAGAAAACAUUAUGGAAUUGAUCCUUUUGCUCCUGAAAAAAACAAACAAAAAAAAGCCUUUAGCAUGCCAGCUAAGCUCUCUCUGAUGUCCUUCUUUUGUUGAAAAGCUCCUCCCACUGCCUCCUCCUCUGACGUGGGACUCCUGCCUCCCUGAGCAGGUGUUCGUAGCUCACAUUUCACCGCUUCCUUCGACCCUCAGCACCGCUUCUGUUCCUGUUCUUCUGGGAGGAAACGGCCGUAAGGACAGACUUUUCUCUUUGAUUUCAUCCUAUUAUACCAUGGCGCCUUUCCGCGGACAUAUCUCUUUUUCUAUUUAUGGUUGUUUGUCUUGAUAAGAAUUUUAUGCCUUCCAUUAUAAAGAAGAAAAAAAAAAAAAAAGGAGCCGCUGGUUUCCAUGGAGACCACCAGAUGGACCACAGAGGCUAACUUUGGUGCUGCCAGAUGUAUCGUAGCAUACCUUGGAGGGAUGUGAGAAGUUCAAAAAUGUGCCUGAUGUUUUAGACCGCAGUUUCCCCCGAACCGUCAUAAUGCUGUGAUCCUCGUUGAUCUUUAGCGUAAUUAUGAUCAUUGCACUAUGAAGGCCAUAGAUACAAGCAGUAAAAGGCAGAUAAAGUACAAACAGGAUAUCUUUAAAACACUCCUAGACCAAAUCUGGAUAUCUGUUUGCUAUUAUUUUAUCGCCUGUGGGGUGUAUCUAUGGGAAA